AUGAACAAGAUCAGAUCCUUAUUUUUUGUUAGCACCAUCACAAUGCUUAUGUUGUUAGCCAUAACAGCAGAACAAACGACAGCCGGCGAUGCUGAUCUCUUAUGUUUUGGACCAUGUCCUGCUGAUUGCAAACAACUUUGCUUGUCGAAAGGUUAUGCUGGCGGGUUAUGUGAAGAUUUUAGAGGCAGGAAUGAUUGUUGCUGCACACCAACAAAGAAGCAAAUCUUUGAGCAAACAACGCAAUUGAACAACUAA